GCUGUCGGCAUGAAACUUCAACUUCACCAACAACCUCUUCUGCAGCUAGCGUUACGCAUCUGCUUGCGUAAUUUUGCUUGCAAGACGCCAAAAAUCCGAUGAGUUACAUCGCAUGAAUCGUCUAACUGUUCAUGGGCUGAAAGCCAACGUUUUCCUGUCAGCCGGAACUGGGAUCAUCAGAAUGCUACCUGCUACUGUGCGUCGUUGCUAUGCAGAAAACCGCCUGUAACACCGCGUUCCUAUUGUUUGAGUUCUCGUUUUUCUGAAGAAGAUUUUGAGUGUCUGUAUGUGUGUACGCUCGCUAUGAAAUGCGUAAAAAAUUCAUUGGUGUCUGGUCAGAUGAACUAUUCGAAGUUUGUAAGAUGGGUGGAAUGUGUUAAGCUGUGUUCAAUGCAAAAGAAGAUCAAUAGAUUAAUUCCGUGAAUGAAUAAAUAAAUAAAUGAAAUUUGCCUGCAAAAUAGUAAAUGAAAAUAUGAUGGCCAACGAAGAGCUCGCAUCUUAAUCAUAUCUCUAUCAAGUUUCCUAUCAUCUGUAGUGUGUAGUGUUUCGUAGUUCAUGUGCUAGUGUUUAAGAUAAUAUCAAAGUUCCGUGAAUAUCAAUUCAGCUAACCGAAGAAAUAAUAAGCAAAUCCGUGUUUGUGUCAGAUGUUUCAGUGUGAUUACCAGCGGGAAGCGAUUUAGCAAGUCAAGAAGCUUUGUGAUAUACGACCCCAGCUGAUGCAAAGUCAAUUCCACUCGCCGUAGUUUGUGAUUUCAUCGUCUACGGAAAUAUUGCAGCCAUUAUAGAGAAGCUGUAGCCGUUACAACCGCCCGGCCGCGUGCUCCCACCAUGUGCUCCCUUCAAUUAAAAUUUAAAUGAGCAUUCGGUGAUGUCAGUACGAGCGGACGAUAAUGAAUUGGAUUAUACUCGGGGUGGUUUUCAUCCUAGCGCCGCAGCUCCGACCGGACCCUUCGUCGUUGGCGGAAUCUUCACCGUCGGCGUCGCUCAUCGGAAGUCUACUGCAGAAUGGCGGGCAGCUUGCAGCCGUCCAGGGGACACCUCUCAGUCCAGAUACCAUCCCGGCUUCGCUGCGGGCGCUGAAUCCCUUCAUCAAGCACUGGGAACCGGCGCGGUUCGAUCGCAGCCAGCUGGAGGCUGCCCAUCGGCACCACGAAGCGCACCGGCGGCGGAGGCGCAGUAUCAACUAUGACCACGGUUCGGCCAGCUAUGGCCCGGCCAACGUGGUCCGGCUGAACUUCCACGCCCACGAUAGAGAAUUCCGUCUGGUGCUGCGGGAAGACCCCUCCUCAGUGUUCGCCCGGGACGUCCAAAUCGACGACACCGAAGGACCGGUCGAUUUCGACCUGUCACGGGUGUACACCGGAAUCGUGGAAGAUGAGUCCGGCUCGCACGUUCACGGGAUGCUGACGAGCGAAAACCUCUUCGACGGGACGAUCGAAACCAACCUUGAGCAAUACUAUAUCGAGCCGGCCGCCCGGUACGGUCCGGAACUGGAGCGGCACGGUGUCCACACUGUGAUCUACAAACUCAGCGACGUAAAAAUUCGCCAGGACCAUCACAGCCACGAGGGCGACGAUGGUUCACGGGCCGGUAGCAGUAGUAGAAGUAGCACUAGCAGCAGCCUCAAGCACAGUCACAGCGGUAGCAGUAGUAGCGGCAACAGUAACCGUAGCAGUAGUAUUAGUAGUGAUAGUGAUGUGUCGUCGUCGUCGUCGUCAUCGACGUCGACUUCCAGUGAUGAUCGAAGAGGCGAUGAAAGUGAGUUGAGGAAGAGCAAAGCCAACGAAGAGGUAUCAUCUGCUCAUCUGAAUCAGUUCACACGAAAGACUGAUGGUAGUGAUAGGAACGAUGUUAACAGCAGAACUAGUGCUAGCGAAAGCGGGAGUGAUAGGCUAAGUAGGCAACGGGUGAAAAGUGUGAAGAAUAGUGAAGUGGAUGGUGAUGAAGAAGAUAUCAAUGAAGAGUUAGUGCGGAGAAAACGAAGCAACAGCAAGAGCGACACCAAACGGAGGAAACGAUGGCUGCAAGAGGAGAUGCAGGAGAGUCGGGGGAAUCCUACACUGCCACUGGACCUGGAGGUUCCCUACAACGAUGAUUACAGUCUGACACGAAAUCACGACUACAAGAGCCGGAUUAUUACCCGGACCAGUCUGACGAAUGGCGGCAGUGGCCAAACCGUGAACAGAAACGUCAACACCAAUCUUUUUCAUCCGCCAACAUCUGUAAAUAACCGAAAAAACCACUUCCUCAUCAACACCUACAACCCCAAUGCCGAUCCGAACCAGCGAAUAAUCACCCGGACGCGUAACGUCAUCGGGAAUGUGUACGACCGGAACGCCAACCAGUCCAACUCGAACCCGAACCGGGAAACGCACGUGGAGAUCAUCACCAAGAAUGGCUCCACCAAGAAGAACGUCAUCGGGAACAACUACGACCCGGAUGUGCUCAUCACGGGCACCAACGGGAACAAUCUGAACUUGAAUGUGCGAAACGAGCUGAACGAGCAGAAACAGUCGUUUGCCAGCUCGCUGUACGAUCGGAAGAGUACGUGCAUGUUGUAUCUGCAGGCGGAUCACACGUUCUUCCAGAAGAUGGGCUCGGACGAGGCCAGCAUCGAAGCCAUCACGCGGCACGUUCAGCGAGCGAACAUAAUCUACCGAAAGACGGAUUUCAACGGCGACGGCAAACCGGACAACAUCACGUUCAUGAUCAAACGCAUCAAGGUGCACAAUCUGAACGCCCUCAAGGAUUCGAGUUAUCGCUUCGCCGGCAACUACGGCGUGGAAAAGUUCCUGGAGCUGUUCUCGGAGGAAGACUACGACGCGUUUUGUUUGGCGUACAUGUUCACCUAUCGGGACUUCGAGAUGGGCACACUCGGACUGGCGUGGACCGGUGAUCUGAAGAAUGCCGGUGGUGUCUGCGAAAAGAAUGGGCACUACCGUGGAUCGCUGAAAUCGCUCAACACCGGCAUCGUUACGUUACUGAACUACGGGAAGCACGUUCCUCCGGCCGUUUCACAUGUGACCUUGGCGCACGAAAUCGGCCACAACUUUGGCUCACCGCAUGAUCCAGAGCAAUGCACACCGGGUGGCGAAGAUGGUAAUUUCAUCAUGUUUGCUCGGGCUACUUCCGGAGACAAGCGGAACAACAACCGCUUCAGCCCCUGUUCCUUGAAGGCCAUCGAGCCGGUUUUGAAUGCGAAAGCACGCAGUGCUAAGGGAUGCUUCACAGAGCCACAAGCUUCCAUCUGCGGCAACGGAGUGGUAGAACAUGGUGAACAAUGCGACUGCGGUUGGGAAGAGGACUGCAAGGACUCAUGUUGUUAUCCGAUGUCCAGACAUCCACGGUUCGAUCAAAAGCCGUGCACGCUGACACCCAAAGCCCAGUGUAGCCCAUCGCAAGGGCCGUGUUGUACGUUGGAGUGUACCCUCAAAACCGGAGACAAGUGUCGGGACGACAACGGCUGUCGCGAUCCAGCGUACUGCGACGGCAACAUGCCCCUGUGUCCUCCGUCCGUGAACAAGCCGAACAAAACAAUCUGCAAUAAGGAGUACGUAUGCUACAUGGGUGAUUGUACUGGAUCGAUAUGCCUGGCGUAUGGUCUCGAGUCGUGCCAGUGCGCCGUUGGACCGAACGAUCCACCGCUUCGAGCUUGCGAACUAUGCUGUAAGCUGCCGGGUGAAGACAAACCAUGCCUCAGUUCCUUCGACUGGAAUGAACCACCGUUCGAUGUUCCGGAUAUGUAUGCCAAACCGGGCACUCCCUGUAACGACUACAACGGGUACUGCGAUGUGUCGCAAAAGUGUCGUGAGGUGGAUCCUUCGGGACCGUUGGCCACCCUGCGGAAACUACUGCUGUCGGAGGAGAGUAUAGCCAGUUUCAAGAAAUGGGUGAUCUCUAAUUGGUAUGCCGUGGCCCUGAUCGUGGUGAUUAUCUUAGCGCUAUUGAUUCUGAGCGCGAAACUCCUGGGCAAGCGGACGAACUUGAAGCUCAAAACGGUCACCAUAAUCCACAGUGCGACGACGGAGACGGUUCGCCUACCGGAAGACAACAACGGCGUCAUAGUGCACACUGCCGUCCGCACCAAGGUACCGCUGAGGAAGAAAGUCCGCGGCGAACGAUCCAAGUCCAAAACAGCUCCUCUCCCGCCGGGUCAAUCCGUUCCAAAGCAGCUUCUAGCGACAGCCACCGGCACUGGCGGAGUAGUGACCACUACAGCAGCGUCGGCAGCCGCAAACACAACCGCCAUUCUUCCAUCCAGCUCCAAGGACCGGUUCCAUCUGUCCAGAUCGUCAACGAGCAACCCCGCCACGGUGGUCAUAAAGCAGGUCAAACGGCAUGUUGGGAAAACGACUACAACCACUACAGUCGCUGGCGGUAAGACCGACAGUCCAAAGAAGCUUAUAAAAAAGAAAAAGAAGCGUUCGAACGCCACCCCAGGGAAUCCGUCCGACGAGUCUCCAGUGAAAGAACCGAUCAUCAAGCAGAAAAAGAAAAAGACCAAAUCCAAACACAAGGAAGUAAUCGACUACUCAUCUAGGAGUGACGCUCACAGUCAUUCCAAUACUUUCGGAAAAGUGCACCGAUGGCUGCUGGAGUCGCCAAUCGUUACGAAUGCCACCAAUCAAUUCGAGCACGCCUCCAAAGUCACCAACAUUAUCAACAAAAGCCAAUCGACACCUGAGCAUUUAACGACAACUACUGCCGCGGUAACGUCCCAGCAACAACCCCGGUCACCCAAGAAAACCAGAUUGAAGACCAAAUCCGUCGGAAACAUCAACGAAAAGGUGCGUCUCCAAGUCGUGUACAAACCGCCCUUCAAGUUCAGUCUCAAACUAUCCAAAAACGAUUCCUCCGUUAAAACCCACGUAGUUGCGGGCCCAGUCGGUAAGCGGAAGGGUCGCAUGGUAGACCGGAAACGGGUAGCCGCAGCCAUCCAGUCCGAAACGCAACGAGGGCGCACAGCCAUCUUGGUCCGACCUGCGGACGAAUCCAUUCCGUUUGUUGGCCCUCUGUCGGAGCCUAACUAUGAAACCCUCAAUCCACGCAACCUGCCUGAGGCUCCACCGUCUCCAUCGUCCGAAACGCACGUUUACGAAAAUGUGACAUUCCAAGGUGAUGCCGGUGGUCCGACCGAACUGCCAAACUCAGUGCCUCCUCCCAUCAAUACAGCCACGUUCCGCAUAAACCGUAGCGCUAGUGGUAGCAACAUAAUGAACCCGGUGGGGUCCCACUUCCGGAACCCAUCGAUCACAUCGGUGAGCCAGAUUCGGCCCACCUCAUCCGGUCUUCGUGGCAGUUCCUCGAAUUUAGCCGCCACUGCCGGAGGUAGUCAUAGCAAUAGUAACAGUCGAGAACGUGACAAGCACCGACGCUCCUACGGUGGAGUGCUCGGUGGCGAAAGCACUGAAAGCCUCAUCCGUUCCAGUACAACGAAUCUGGCCAAGUCGGCGAGCAGUAAAAGAAACAGCUUUGCCGAGAAGCGCCGCUCCAGCUCAACGAGCCUGCACCAGCGACACUCGGGUUCGGCAUCCAAUCUGCACUUGAUGAAGCGGCAUUCCGGUUCGUCCAGUCAGUACCUCAACCAGGAACCGUCGCGCUCCGCGAUGCCGCACGAAGUGCCCCUCAGUCGGAGGCAUAGCACCAGCGUUAGGCCAGUAGAUAGUAGCGCCGCUGGUAGCAAUAGCGUUAAUAGUAAUAGUAUGCAGAAGCAGAAAAUUUCCCGCACAUCCAGUAGCACGAACCUCAGUGGCGGUGGCAGCGGAACGGCAACGAAACGACGCGGCAGUAUAGGCAGCAGGCAGCCUCCCGGUCAUCCGCACCAUCAUCUGUCCCGGCAAACGUCCCUCAACGUACGGCCCCAAAAGCCGAACGGGUUCGACCGGGUCGAGGACCGACGGCCGCACACAUCGUCCUGUGAUGAACGGCAUCCGCCGACGACGGGAUUCGAGUGGCCACCCGCCGGUCUGAAGCGGCCCGGCCACGACGAUGACCCACUGCCAUCGGACCUGGAGGUUAUGGUGUCGGACGCGGAGAAUCUGGUGGGCGACAGAUAACCACCGAUGGUUCCGCCGAAUGCCAGAAUAGUUAGUGCGAUUUAGAAUGUUAGUGUUCAUAUCAAUUUUAUUGUGGGGGAUUGGUGCGAAACUAAGCACAGUCCGCGGACGGUGGGGAAAUGUGAUUUUAACCAAAAGGUUUUAAGGCUGGUGUCGUCACGCUACUGGCCCAACCGGCUGCAGUUUAGUUUGUUUUAGUAUUCUUUUUCAAGUGCCAAUGUGUGUGUUAGGAAGAAUUCGGGAAUUACGACGGACGAGGGUGAGAUGUUUUCCUGCACUUGGGCGGAAUUUAGGAAAUAUGAAAAGUGACUAUGUGUGGUAGAUAGAGACAGCGGUAUCGUGUAACCUCGCUUCUUGCUUAUUCAUUUGAAAAUAGAAAGAAAAUGGAAUGAGGGCACCCAAGUUAACUAACUUAGAAUCAAUUUUACAUCAGACCAAUGAGGCAGUGAUUGCAUAGGCGGCAACUGCGAUGCUAAAGAAAAUCAAUAUCGAAUGGCAGCAUAUCAGAAAAUUACGAUCGUAGCUUUUUAGAACACGGAACGUUGUUUUUUAUUCCGCCAAUACUUUAUCAUUAACAACUACAUUUGUUUCACUAUAAACCAACAAAAAUCGUCAGACUUUUCAUGGGCUGUAUAUCAAGUAAUUGGCCCUUUUGCAUAGUUUAAUUAUUCUCUCAGGUGCCUCUAACUAUGUUUAAAAUUGGAAUUCUGCUACUAUGAGAUCUGCUACUCCUUAACUGAUCAAAUUUGCACAUAUUUUCCUUGAUUAACCGCCUUGGUUUGUUGCAUGUUCUGCUGAUCUUCGACUGAAGAAGUCGAACUCAAUGAAUAAAAUAUCUAACUGAUGCAGUUGGAUGACAAAUCGUUUCCUUUCGUUCACUCACUCGAUAGACGUUAAUCGUUCUGCCAGAUUGUGUCAUACAAUGAGCCCAGGUCGUAGGCUGGUAAUCUCAACAAUUCUCCCCUUAAGGCCUAAGCGCAAUUAAGCAAAACGGUAACGGAAACGGAAAAUUUGAAAUGAAAAAAUGGGCUAACUGUCAAUCCUGCCGUUUCAGUCACUGUUCCGCUGUAUUGUGCAGGGGGCUUUAGAAAAGAUAAUACAGCUCAUACCACACGGGUUGUCUUCCGGCACUCAAACACUGGUGAAGCUGGGUCGGCUCCUGCUGAAUAAUAUCUAUUGGUGGCUGGAUUAGUGCUCGACGAUGAAUCUCUCUCGAAUCGAGUGUGUUGUAGAGGUUGUAGAGCGCUCAACAGUGGACGACAAACAAACUGCAGACCGAGAAAGCGAAUCGGGAACGUCGGAACCAAGGAAAGAAACAACCACUUAGUUGGACUUAACAAGAACGAAUACAGGCUGUAUUAUACAGCAACAGUUCGCUAACUGGGCGCCUUUUGAUUGGACUGUUUUUUAACUGGGCGUUCGCUAACUGGGCCAAAUCCCAGUUCUUCUUCUUCUUCUUCUCUUCUCCUUUAACUGGCACAGCUACAGAUGCUAUAUCGCCACCUAGUAUUCUUUAUAGUCUCUUCAAAGCCCAGUUAAAAAGCAGUUAUCCGUCAAAAACAACAACAAAGACUCGGUGACGAGGGGAUUCUGAAUGGUAUAUUCUUUAAGCUUCAUGUAAAACACGACCACAACAAUGCAUCGCGAAUUCCCUCGUCAGCCCAGUUAAAAAGCGGCGUUCGGUAACUGGGCUGGUGUUUUAGCUCAGUUAGCGAACGGUUGCUGUACAAUUUAAGGUUCCCCCAAACACACGCGACGCGACAGUCGCGACGCGAUUCUAUCACUUGGCGACAGCGAUUCUGUCGCCGUUGGUAUGAAAGCGUAAAUAGAAUAUUGCCUGCAGCGACCCAACGAUAGAAUCGCUGCGACUAGAUGUCGCCGUUGCGGCGAUGAAAUCGCUUAGGUCUGGGGGAGCCUUUAUUCACAACAUAACACAACAUCAACGAUAAACAUUCGAUUUCGGCACAUCAACCACAGUGUGUCCAUCUUGCGUAGGAUAAAAGUUGUCUCCAAUCUGAGAUGGACGGUUGCACUCUAAAAAAAAAUCCAACAUCCCUCCUCAAGUCGACAACCUGAGUAUCGCAGCCCGAGUAUCACAACCCAAGCAAAAUUUCAGUUUUGAAGCGGUCCUUAGGCAAAAGUGAGUUUCUCCAUCCGGAUAGAAAAGUUUGCUAUACCGCGCGGAACACACUUGAACGACUUCCAGCUAGAGAUGUCAUAACAAACCGUUAAUUUCUUACACCGGUUGGAUACGUUUCGGCUGCAGUCACUACUGAAUCAAACGUCGGUGGCAGAAACCGCGUCGGAGAAUUCAACAGCCGCACCACUUUCGUUCAUCUCAACGUUUUCCGACAAAUGAGCAUCCUUCACACACUUCAAUGUACUGUUUUCGGGUAAACAAAUAUCCAGUAGCCACGUGACGCUCAAACGGGGAAGGGCCGUGUUGUGGCCGUGAGGAUUUAACGCGUAGUGGACAGUAAAACACGAGGUAAAACAUUCCGUAAAUGGUUCUCAAUUUCGACUCUUUUAUUCGCGGGUAUACUUCUUACACACUGUUUACAAUGUUGUAUAGUGGAAAUGACAAGACGAGUAAGUUGGGUGGGAAGAGCGCAAGGAUAAUCAAUAUAAAGGUACAAAUCUACAAAGAUUCACAGUGGGAAUGGUUAUGUAAAAUAUAUAACAGCUCUAAGACUUCCUCCUUAUGAUUUUAAUUUCACAGAUUCAAUCUCUUGGGUGCUUUCACUACUCGGGUUGAUCUCAUCGGCGUUUGCUGAUGUAAUCCUGUGCUUCGUCCGCUUUUCGCAACUGGCUUUGAUGACUCACUCGUAGUCGGGACACUCAAUGUCUGGCUAGGGUCUGUACCCGACACCAAGACAGGUUGAACACUCGGACUUGCAAUCGUUGCACCGAAGCUGGCGGUUGUUGGCGCCUCUUGACUAGCCGGAGCAGUAUGGCUACUUGAUGCAUUCGGAGCGAAUGUGGGUUGUGUAGAAACGUCUGGCAAAAUCGGCAUAUCCAGCAAACUGCGACGAACUGGCAAGUUUGGUCCUACUCCACGAAGUUGAUCGAUGUACCGCUUCCAUAUACGAUUGUCAUCCAGCUGUACCAUAGAGUGCAACUUCCCAAGCUUUUCCACGACACGGCCAUAUUUCCACUUCUCAUGGCCUAGAAAAUAACGAGCAGCAACUCUUGCUCCCUCCGGAAUGGAGCGAAUCUUCGGAUCUGCCCUUUCCGAAUGUAUCGGACCAGGCAGCAUCAAAUCAAGACGGGAGCCAAUUUGACCAUCAUAGAAGGGGAUUUCCCAGUAGCAGGAUGGAUAGUCUUGCGAUACGUCAAAAGUAUGUUGCACAGUUCUACAAUCAUCUUCGUUUUAUCACAUUGCAGGGCCUUUAUUUUGUUCUUGAAGGUCUGAAUGAACCUUUCCACCUGUCCGUUCGUGGCCGGGUGAUAGGGGGCACCCAUCUUGUGGAACACACACAUUUAGUUAAUGCGUCUACGAAAACGAUGAAAUAUUUCCCCAUGAACGGCCCAGCGAAGUCAACGUGAACACGUUCGAACGGAUGCGUUGCCGGUUCCUAACGAUGCAGUGGGGCUUUUGUAGGAUUCGGACGUGUGACUUGACAGUUCCUCGAUGUCACUAUCAAUCCUUUCCCACCAUACGUAGCCUCUCGCAAGUGACUUUAGACGAGUACCGUCAACUGGGGGGAAGAUGAUCAUUGAGGUGAAGAUGAUCAUUUGAUGUGUCAGUCAAAAGUGCCAAAUUUUUUUAUGAAACGGUAGUCAACAAUAUUCUCCGUUCAAAUAAUGUUUCCGUUAGGUAGAAAUCCGAGUUUUUCGAUUAUAAUCAUGAAAAUGUAUUUUGUGGAAGAAAGAGAGAGAUAGUCAUAAAUGACGCUAUUUUCGUUUCAAAUAUUGACUUCGAAGACUUCUUUACGUAGUAAAUUCAACAUUCAUACAAAUAACCUAGUGUAUUUUGACUACUAGGUCAUAAUUAUUUUAGUAGAGCUGUCUUGAUCAACUUCACCCCAAACCAGAUUUUUCAAAAAAUGUGUGAUAAUUUAAUUUAUUUUAAUAAAUGCGAAUGCAUUUCAGAAAACUAAAGUUGUUGAUUAUUGCAACGUAUAGCAGUACAUGUUUUGAAAAUAUUUGUUUCGAAUUAAAAUGUAAACACACAUUGUUAUUGCAUGUUUUGUCUUAAAAAUGAUCAUCUUCCCCCCAGUUGACGGUACUUCAAAAGUGGGUGGAAUGCAGUUCUUGAAGCACCUUUGUGCGUAACUUAGGAGGAAUAUAAACGCGAAUUCCCCGCAAAAUGCACCCUUGCUGCAACGAAAAUUCGUUCUGGUUGAUACCGAAACGAUCUCUGGCUUCGACAAUCUUCCCAUUCUUUAAUCUCAGCUAAAGAACCUUGACCGAUCUGUCUGCCGCAGAGAGGCAUUGUCUCGAUAAUGCUGAUUUCCAGCAAGUCAGUUUCUUCUACAACGUUAUCCGGCUGCUUCAUUGCAAUCGGCAACCACGAGAACGCAUCCGCAUUGUAAUGUUUCUUUGUGAGACGGAAUUUUAUAGAGUAGUCGAAAGAUGGCAAAAACGUAGCAUAGUGCUGCAUUCUUAAGGCCGGCAUAGGGGUAGACCCAAGAUGAAUACACCACUAGGUGUUCCAAUCUGCCAAAUUCACGAUUCAGCCAUCUUGGAUUUUAGUAUUAGGUUCUGCAGCAUGACGUCACGAAUGAAUUCGGUCCUCACCGAAUGAACUUUUUUGACAGUUCAGUAGUACUUUUCACUGACUCCGACAAGGUUCGAGUUCGUGAUUGGUUGGCUGCCCCGAGUCCAACGCGAAGUACUACUAAUCAGUCAUCAGUUUGAGGUUAGAUACAGACGCUGCAGAACCUAAUGGGAGAGCCAGCCGGUUUGUUUAUGUUUUGCACCGAAAAUGAAUUUUUCACCCCCGCCUUUUUCUCGUCCAUAAAUUGGGCAGGCUGCAACACCUAGCUGUGUAUUCAUCUUGGGUAGACCCUUCGUCUCGGAAAAAAUCUGCUUGACAGGUUCAUUAUCCGUCUAAAGCACGUAUUUGCGUCCGUACAAAUAUUGGUGGAAUCGCCGAAUGCCGAAUACAAUCGCAUAUGCCUAUCGAUCAACUUUUUUAUACUUACGUUGAGUCUCGUUCAAAGUUUGGGACGCAUACUGUAUCGGCCGUUCCGAGCCGUCCGGAAGGACAUGGCUAAGGACCGCUCCGACUCCGUAAGGAGAUGCAUCGGUCGCCAGCACCAGUGGAAACUCAGGGUUAUAAUGCACCAGAAAGUUGUCGGAUUGCAUCCCCUGUUUCACCUUCCUAAAAGCUUCUUCGCAUGCUUUCGACCCCUCGAACGGCACGGCAUCGUUGCGCAAAAGCCGAUUCAGCGGAUGAAUCAUCGUUCUCAGGUUAGGAAGAAAACGUCCGUAAUAAUUCACCAACCCGACGAAGGAUCGCACUUGCUCUUUGCUUUCGGGGGUUGGCAUAUUUUGCAUCGCAUCGAUCUUUUCUUUCACUUUAUGUAUACCGUGGCGAUCGACGACGUAACUGCAAUACUCUUUUUGAUUCGCAAGAAACACGCACUUUUCCACGUUUUUUCGCAUACCGUUCUGGCUCAGACCCUUGAGCACUUCUUCAAGUCGUUGCAAAUGUGCCUAGUCGUUCGGACCCGCCACGCGAAUAUCGUCCAAAAACACUAUCACUCCCGGUAUUCCGUUCAACACUUCUUCCAUCAGUCAUUGCCAUAUCGCAGGUGCACAGCUCACGCCGUACACCAGGCGUGUUGGCCGGUACAUGCCCAGAUGUGUGCUCAGGGUCAGAAUGUCUCGUUGCUCAGCAUCCACUUUACGCUGUAGGUAAGCCUGUGACAGAUCGGUUUUCGAAAACUUUUCUCCACCUGCCACAUUCGCAAAAAACUCUUCGACAAUGGGGACACAGUACUCGUCCACAAGAUACCGGUGAACGGUGAUUUUGUAAUCACCACACAAUCGCACUUUGUUGUUCAUUUUCAUAACGGGGACCACAUGUGACGCCCAAUCACUGUGGUUCACUUUUUCGAGCACACCGUCAUUAACGAGCUUUUCAAUUUCUUGCUCAACCGCACUUCUCAAUGAAAACGACACCGGCCGCGCUUUAAUGUACACCGGAUGCGCGUUCGGCCUUAACUGCAGUUUUGCAGUGCGAUCUGGCCCAUAGACUGAUCACAUACACUACUGUACUGCGCAAUGAGCUUCUUCACCGACUCAUCGGUGGUGCACUUCACAACAUUAUCAGUCACCGAAUGUACUUCCUCAUAAAACUUACUAUCAUCCAGCCGCAAAACUUUCAUCCAGCUUCUGCUCAGCAACGGAUGCUUUCGAUUUUCCGCAACGUACAACAGCAAUCGGUAAACUUCACCGGCGUACUGAACCACGACUGUACACAUACCGCGCAAUUCGAUCGAAAUUCCACUGUAGCUCACAAGAGAUAGAUCCGGUUUGUCCAAUUUGAGCCCUGGCAAGAUCUUUCCGUAAUCCGCAAGGCUCAUUAUCGCCACCGGCGCACCACUGUCUACCUCGAAUCUCACUUUCGAAUCGUUCACCGAGAGGACAAUCCAGAAUUUGUCAACUCGACUUUCCACGUCGUACAAACCACAGAUUUCAUCAACGUAAACGUUCAGGGCUCUACAUUAUGGGUGGGAAGAUGCGUAGUUGUGUUGGUAAUCCGAGCUUGGUGAAUUUUGUACUCACCCAGUGAACUUUUCGGAUUUCUUAUGGCAAAAUGUUCACGAUUCGGUUUCCUUAUGGCAACUAACCUAAACAAAGAAAAAAAAUCCAUCGAAAUUGAAGUAUUGCACAAGAUUUUUCUCAUGCAGUACUAAGAUUCCGUCGUAUUUAUGCUGACAACACAUCUCUUCAUUGAAAAUUUUCAACAUUUUACUCAAAUUUGUUACUUCAAAAAAGUAAACAACAGCUGAUUCGGUUUCUUUAUGGCAAAUUUUCGAUGAUUUUUUUUCGUUGCAACGGCAAAACACUCACCAACACUCGCAAAACUCGGCCGUUUGGGCCACCCGAUAUAUACCACCCUGGACGCAGCGGAAGCAUGCACCCUUCUUCGAUUCACUUGGGCGCGAUUCAUUUGCAGCAGAUUUCCCCGUUCUUCUUCCCUUCGAUAUUGCACCCUUAUUUGCCGGAUGUUCCACCGCAUUCUCCACCGUUUUGACUUGGGACUAGAUCUCUUGCCCGUUCCUCGCGGACAUUUCCAUCGAAACUGCCAUAUCAUGAGCUUUGUCCAAAGUGAGGUUAUGAACUUCCAACAACCGGGCCUGGAUUCCGCGAUCUUUCAGGCCGAAAACGAAUUGAUUUCUCAGGACAAUAUUUAGGUAUACGCCGAAAUUGCACGUAAUGGCCAAUUUCCGUAAGGCAAUCAAAUAGUCACCCAUCGACUCGUCCAUUCGAUUCGCUCCAUGCUUCCUGCACCAGAAGCGAAAAUUUUCCAAAAUUUCAAGCGGUUGGGGAUUGAAAUGUGUCUCCAGCAGCUGUACGAUGUCAUAGUUUUCUCCACCCAUGUACUGGAGCAGCAUAGAGCGUUUCAAAUCGUCUGGGACCCGGAACAGCAGGGAAGCACCUUCCAAACGUUCAACCCACCGGGACCACUUCAUUCGAUGACGAUCGAAUGGUUCAAUGGUGAAGUUUGAUUGCAUCGCUAAUGGGGCACCUGCAGCAGCCCCAGCAUUCACACCAGUAGCACCUCCAGCAGCAACAGAACUGCCGGCAGUCGAGCCCAAAGCAGCAGCACCACCUGCAGCCAACGCAGCAGCAUCACGCGCACGAUUUCUUCGAAUUUCGUAUUCCUCAUCUGACAUCCUCAUCGUCAGAUUUACUAUUGUGGCCGUGGGGAUUUAACGCGUAGCGGACAGUAAAACACGAGGUAAAACAUUCCGUAAAUGGUUCUCUAUUUCGACUGUUUUAUUCGCGGGUACUGUUUACAAUGUUGUAUAGCGGAAAUGACUAGACAAGCAAGUUGGUUGGAAAGAGCGCAAGAAUAAUCAAUGUUGUCUAUCCGGGACAAAGAUAGAACGCUUUUUAUACCGAAGUUGGAUUUUUCGCCAGGUACAAGCAACUUUCCCAACUUCAUAAGUAGUGCGCUGGAUUCGCCUAAAGAUGCGCUAAACAACGUAUUAAUAAGUUUGACAGAUAAAACUUGGGAAGAAAGUUCGGUUCGGAAGUCCCAACUUCCGAAUUCUAAGUUGGUGCUACGCUGACAAUAUAAAGGUACAAAUCUACAAAGAUUCACAGUAGGAAUGGUUAUGUAAAAUAUAUAACAGGCCAUUUGGCCGAAUACCGUUCGGCCGAAUGCCAUUUGGCCGAAGGCCACUAGGCUGAAAGUUCCAUUUGGCCGAAUAAACCAUUAGGCCGAAAGGGUCAUUAGCCUGAACAAGACAUUUGGCCGAAUAGGACAUUUGGCCGAAUAGGUAAUUUAAAAAGUGAGAAAUGGGGUGUGAAACGUGAGACGCCUCACUUCUCACUACUUAUUUCCCACUUCUCACUGUGAAAAGUGAGUGGUGCGAAGUAAGAUAUGAGAUGUAUCGCUACACACACAAAAAAAUCGUUGGUAAAAGUAAAAGAAACGUUGGUAAAAUUAAGAAAAUGAGUUAGUGAAUUUCAGUAGAAAGUAUAGAGCUGUUAAAUUUACCAAUGUCAAAAUGUCAAGAAGUUCAACAAGUGAAAAGAUUUUCAAAAUAACAAUUUCCUCUCAAAACUAAAUGUGUAACAUUUGAAUCCACUGUUGACUCUUUCAAAAUAACAAGUUGGUGAAUUUUCAAUUUGAUUGAAAAUUGUCAAAUAAAAUUCCUAAAUAGUCAAAAUUUAUUGUUUUGUUUCGUUAUUUAUUUAUUUGAUAUGAGUAUUUGCUAUUUCAUUCCAUUUAUAUCUAGAGUUAGCAAACAUUUGUGAGACGUCUCACUACUCACUUCUCAUUUCACACUGCUCAAUGUAAAAAGUGAGUAGUGCGAAUUGAGAAGUGAGACGUCACAAACUCACUUUUCACAGUGAGAAGUGAGACGUCUCAUUUCUGACUUCUCGUUUCUUCCUUCUCACUGUGAUAAGUGAGAAGCGCGUAGCGAGUAGUGAGACGUCUUAUCACUCACUUCGCGCUUCUUACUUUUAACAGCGAGAAGUGAGAAAUGAGGAGUGAGAAGUGAGAUGUCUCACUUCUCACUCCUCAUUUUCCAUUUCUUUCUGUGAAAAGUGAGUAGUGUGAAGUGAGAAGUGAGACGUCUCAUUACUCACUUGUCAUUUCUCACUUUUUACAGUGAGCCCUAUUCGGCCAAAUGUCCUAUUCCACCAAAUAUCCUAUUCGGCCAAAUGUCCUUACACUUUUUUCUCGGCGGCUCUACGUACAAUCUUUUUCUUGUUCUGCUCCAACUUUACACUUGCGGAAUCGUUUGCCAUCACUUUUAAAUAACUCGUCGAUCUCACUCAUCUCCCGGUGGAAGCAAUCAAACAGCAGAGCACACGUGUCCAGGAUGGUUUCCAUCCGGAACCUCCAGUUGUGGAAGCCGGGCUAUGUAGUAAAAGGCACAUGUUUUUGUUUGAGCGGGAAAAUUCUCCCUAUCUUUGAACCCUGCGGCUAUCUUGACGUUUACCUUCGCACGAGCCUUCGAGCACGAGACUGCCGCGAUAAUCUAAGAAAACGUAUAAUUUGAUUCGUGGAAAGGUUGAGGAGACGGGUUCCCUCUUCUAAAUAAUCGAGAAAGGAUGGAUUUUGUCUAAGGAGGCUUACGGAGGAAAAUGUCCUCCAACCAAACCGGUCAUUUGGCCAAAAAAAAUAGUUUAACCGAAUAGGUCAUGGUUCAAAAUGCAAUUUGACCGAAAUGGUCGUUAAUAAUCGAAAUACCUGAAAACACAUUUUUUUUCUGAACGAGCUAUACGGCGGAUGUUUCUUUAAGUAUCACCUCGGGAAAGAUCCGUUUGACCGAAUGUCAUUCGGCCCGAAGUCCGAAUGGUUGUUGGGCACUUUGAGCCGAAUAUGCCAUUUGACCAAAGACUAUAGUCUUUGAUUUGACCAAACUAAAUAUUAGAUCGACACCAAUUUGAUCGAAAAAGUCAUUUGGCCGAAUAGAACAUUUGGCCAAAAAUGUCGUUUGGUCGAACAGGUCAUUUGGCAGAAACAGCCAUUUGGCUGAAAACUUGAUUUGCCCGAACGGGUCAUAAGACGGUAAAUGUAAUUUUACCGAACACGUCAUAUGGCCGAAAAUAUCAUUUGACCUACCAUUAGUGAAUGUGAAAAGCGUGAGGUGAUCAAUGAUAGAAGUGCAAAGUGGGAAAUGAGAAGUGACCAGUCCGAAAUGCGAAGUGGGAAGUGAGACGUCUCACUUUUUAUUCUUUAUUUUUCACUUAUUUCUUCCAGUGAAUAGCGAGAAGUGGAAAGAUAAAACUAAGAUUAUUUUUUGUUCUUAAUUGUAGAGGUUUCCAGCCCUUGACUGUCAAACAAAAAAAAUAAGCUGAACAAGCUAGUUUUUCAGUCGUAGAAGACUAUUUUUGAUUUAAUAAGCGCUCUGUCAGAUUCCAAUGUUUUUUGUUUGGUUCACCUCUUAGGUCUGUCUCAUUUGGAGAAUUAAACUGAAAUUAAACUUAAAAGUGACAUUUGAAUAAUUAUCGAAUAACCCUGCUCGCAGAGCAAGAUUACUUUUGACAGAUAUCGAAUCAUUUUGCAUCGAUGUCUUAUUGGAGUUGCUGGGUAGCACCAGCCAUUCUUAUGAUUGGGUUAUUUGCUUAUUUUCGAACUGUCACUUUUAAGUUUAAUUCUCCAAAUGAGACAGACCCUUAAAGGAGUGAGAAGGGAAACGUUUCUCAAUUUUCACUCCGCUUUCCUCACUUCUUACUAUUCACAGUGAGAAAAGAAGAUUGAGAAGUGACAAGUGCGAUGUCUGGAUUCUCAUUUCCAUUUCUUACUUCUUACUACUCGUGUUUUACCUUUGCAUAAAACGAACAAUCCGGACCGUAUGUAUUGUGCGCAAACCUUAUGCAUUUGCGUACGUCGUGUUUAUGCCAAUUAAGGCGAGUAUACAAAGGUGAAUAGUUUUGCGUGUAGGAUCCCCGUACAAAUUUUAAACAUUGUUAGAGGCAUGCCAAAAUGAAAUAAAAAGACGGAAAUGCUUAAUUUCCUAUUAACACGAUACCAACCUGUGCUUUUCAACUCGCAGUUAUUUUUAUUUGGAAAAGUUAUCUCCAGUAAAAAAGAAAAAAUAGAAAAAUCACAUGUCACUAGGUAAUAUGUUUUGAAUUGAGUAGAACAGUGCAUCGUUGGACAUAAGAAAAAACUGAGGAAAGGAAUAUUUUGGUCAACAUAUUUUACGUAGUCCUACUGAAGUCGAAUGCUUCAACUUCAACCUAGCCGUGCUUUAACAAAAUAUCCAAAAUAAGAAGUCAUUGAACACCACACAAAAAGACCUUCGGCAUUUCUGCCCAUAAAAAUCCAGAACGAAAUUGAGCAAAAUGGCGAAAUUAAGUCAAAAAAUCGAUACAGACAGAAAAAAAAACCUGCCAAAAUUUUACCAUUUUUACAUUACGGUUGUUUUCUAAAACCCAGGUGGUUUUGAAAUUGAAAAUUUUUCACCAUGUAGAUUUUUUCUAACCCAUGUGCAUUUGAAUAAAAAAGGAGACGAAAAUAUGGUAGCAAAACGAAACAAGAAGAAAUAGUAAUAACAUACUUUAGGAAAACUAAUUUAUUAACUGGAGGAAAAUGGGCGACAAGCAAAGCAAAAAAAUCUAUAAAUAAUCAUGUAAAUAGAAGGAAAACCAUUAGCUAUUACAAUUAUUUCCUAACAACAGGAUUGUACUUAAAUCAAGGUAAAAUCGCUGGGACGAGUCAAAGCUGCUGAGUGAAGCUUUUAUUGUGAAUACAAGCUCUGGUAACUACAAUCGCGAUUGUCCAUAACCUACAGACUAACAAGCACUAAAACGCGGUAAUGGACGAAACCGAUGAAAGAUUUAAUUUUAUACAUAAAUUAUUCUUAGCUUAGUAAGGCAUCACCACAGCUAAGACGAAAACUUAUACGAAUAAGUUGAAUGUGAUUCUAAUCUUUAAAUAAAUCAAAUUUAUAAGAAAUAUGCGCGAGGCAACAGAGGAAAUAGACAAAUAAUUGCUUUUUAUUUUAACUGAUCUACAAUUUUAGCUAUGAACUAAAGCGACAGAAAUAUUCUAUAUUUACGCAAAUCUUCUACAAAAAACCCCGCGACACUCACUACUGCACAACCAAUUUAGUUGACCGCUCGAAUGUUAACCCAACAAAUCCCGCAACAUGUCAAUAAGAAAAGAUAAUGUCACUUAAGGCUUCCAUCGAAUCGAAAACUACACGUGAAGACGUUUACUCUUCAUUCAAUCAUAGCGGGAUCGAAAGCAAAGAAGAAAAGAAGAGUUUAUUUUUCUAAAUGUACUUGUCUUUCGCUGAAUCUUGUUACACUGUACGAGUUCCUUGAAGAAAAACAAAUGAAUGGAAAUAAAUCAUUCUCAGAAAUAUGUUGAGCUCAGUUCGCUGGUUAGGCAAUAAUAAAUAAUGAAUCUAUAACAACAUUUUUGAAAAAAAUAACAUUCCUUACAAUGGUAAUAAUAAACUGAAGAGGAAGAUUGUCGCUGGCGUUCCAUUUGCCCUUAUUCGCAAAAAUUUUGAGAAAUAACUGUCAAAAUGUAAAUCCAACGUUUGUGUUUACUGUUUAGCUCUCGUAUAGUGACUACAGCAUCAAUCUUCUUCGUUUGUUUAUAAUCUCUAUUUUUGCUUUACAUAAUCCAUCAACAGAGAACUAAUUUUAUUUGACCACAAACACAGGAUGCAUUUAUCAUCUGGUCAUUAAAAAAAACAUUACAGAGAGAUUUAAAAAAAAAACUAUUUUAUGCAAAUAUCGGAUCUAACAUUUGACAAGAAAACCACGAAGAUAACAUUUUACAAUAAAAAAAAAUCAACAUCAACGUCAAAUUUUGAGUUUAGCCGUCGAUCUUGAAUACACGUGCACCCCUAAUUUUGGUUUGUAAAUAUUCCGUGUACAGUAGAAAAUCGAAAAUUUGUUUUCAAUAAAAUGAAAUAUCUGCAGUUAUCAGACGUCGCAACUCAUUUCUGAUUAGUGCGCAUGAUAGUACAUUCAUGCGUGCAUGAUGCGCACUACUAAUGAAAUAUUUCAAAUUGUCGCGACUCGCGUCGCAGCGCGAGUGCUCAAUCGCGCGGUCCGGUUUGGUGGCGGCCCGACAAUAUGUAGUUUGAAGAAAAACGAAACCGAAAUCAAAGUCAACUAACGUUCCGCAAAAUUCCCAAAUUAGGAAACAAACGGCUCAAGUCCAUGCCGGUAACGAAACGGCAAGUUUGUGAAUGACUACUGCUAGCUACAAAAGCUGUUACACGGACAUGAAAUGUAAUUCCUUUCAAAUGAACCUACGGAGUAGAAGUGUAAUUUGAAGAAUUGAUGGAAAGAAAACAAAAAGAAGAAUAAAAACUAGUAAAAAAGUA